AUGGCUAGUCCUCCUGUUCUAGCUUUCGACGCCGAGGGCCGUCCGGUCAAAUUCGAAACCUGGCUAGAUGACCUGCACCUUUUCCUACAGCUCACUGCCAAGGAAGAUAUUACACUGUACGACCACGCUCUCGGCCAUGCGACCGCCCCACUCGCUACUGCCCCCCCAGCUGAGCGCUCACAGUGGCAGACCCGUGACGCGCACGCUCGCUUUGCUAUUCGCAACUCCCUGCCGCUAGAUGAGCGCGAGCACUUCGGCCAGUGCAAGACUGCUAAGGACCUCUACACAGCUGUAGUGGCCCGCUACUCCUCACCCGCUUCUGCCACACUAGGCCGCCUCACUCUCCCCUACCUGUUCCCCGACCUAGCCUCCUUUCACACUGUCGCAGACCUCAUCACCCACCUUAAGACUAGUGAGGCUCGCUUUCGCGCUGCCAUGCCUGAUGAGUUCCUCGCUAGCAACCCCCCCCCGCUCUGGAUCACUCUCUACCACGUUGUCACCCGCCUCCCUGACUCUCUGCGCCCUGUCAGGGACCAGUUCCUCUCUCGCUCCCCCACUGAGCUCACCAUAGCCCUCCUCGAGAAGGAACUGCUUGCAGCCGAGGCUAGUAUCGUCGCUGUAGGCACCUCUCGUGGCGACCCCCGCGGCCCCUUCUUCGAGGGGUGCUCCCCUUCCCCCCUCCUCCCCUCUGUCGCCUCUGCUGCUGCUGUCGACCUCCUUGGUGCUGAGAAGGUCGGGGCUGCGUCUGCUUCAGGCGGACGACGCAGGGGCAGGAGUGGCAGGAGUGGGGGUGGUGGCGGAGGAGGCGGGGGUGGAGGUGGUGGCGGUGGAGGUGCGACUGGAGAGGCUAGUGGCGGCGGUGGUGGAGGUGACAGCGGUGUUGGGAGUGGUGACAGGGGCGGAGGUGGCAGCGGAGGCGGAGGUGGUCGUGGCAGCGGCAGGGGUGGAGGUGGCCGGGGCGGAGGCGGAGGGGGUGGUGGUCGUGGAGGCCCGGGGGGCGGUCAGAGUCAGCAGCCUUCCCCGACCCUUCAGGCCGCCCGUGAGUGGUAUGCGCGGCGCAGCGUCACCUGCCAGUACGUUAUUCGUACAGGUGACCGCACUGGCCAGAUGUGUGGGGGGCCGCACCAGACGGAGCGCUGCUUCGCCCGCCUCAACGAUGCGUGGCGCACCCAGUUUCCUGGUGGGGGUGAGCUGCCGCGCUGGGCUGAUCUGCUCAGGAAGGGUGUUGAUAUUUGGGCACUUGACUUUGAUGCUAUUCUCACUGCCAUGUAUGCGAUGUCUAUUAGUGGAGAGGGUGCUCAGUACUUGCGUGUUCCGCCCGACCCGGGCAUUCAGGCCAGCCCCGCUGCUGCUCUAGGUGCUAGUGUGUCUGCUUCCACAGGUACUACUGCAGCUGCUGCUCUAGGUGCUUGUGCGUCUGUGCCCCCUGGUACUGAGUCGACUGCAGCACUGCACACCUUCACACUGGACUCAGGUGCUUCUCGCUCUUUCUUUCGUGACCGCACUGUCCUUGAGCCUCUAGCUCGGCCGGUUGCUGUCUCUCUUGCUGACCCCUCUGGGGGUCCGGUCCUUGCGACCUCCUCCACCACCCUUCCGUGUCCAGCGGUUCCGUCCGGCACACUCUCAGGUCUCUACCUCCCCUCGUUCUCCACGAACUUGGUGGCAGGUAGUGCGCUCCAGGACUCGGGUGUUCACCAGUUCACCCCUGCCUACGAGCGUGUGACUCACUGCACGUGUGCUCGGACGGGCCGCCACCUGGCUACUUUCACUCGAGAGCCGGGGUCUGACCUGUACACACUGACCACUGAGUCCCCUCAGGUAGCUGCGUCUGCGUCAGCGUCAGGUCAGCUGUCCGCCCCCUGCUCGUGUCGCUCUCUGGCGAACGACACCGUCCUCUGGCACCACCGCCUUGGUCACCCGUCUGUGCAGCGCCUGCGGGCCAUGCACAAACGGGACCUUGUUGCUGGUCUUCCCAGGGUGCUCCCUCCCCUUCCUGACUCCCCUGCUCCUGACUGCAUUCCCUGUGUCGAGGGGCGGCAGCGCGCCGCUCCUCACUCCUCCUCCUUUCCCCCGACGACCGCUCCCCUGCAGACGCUCCACAUGGACGUGUGGGGCCCAGCCCGCGUCCGUGGUCAGGGUCAGGAGAGGUACUUCCUGAUAGUUGUUGACGACUACUCGCGCUACACCACGGUCUUCCCCUUGCGCGCCAAGGGUGACGUCCCUGGUGUUUUGAUCCCCUGGAUCAGCCGAGCCCGUCUCCAGCUAGGCGAGCGCUUUCACUCGGACUUUCCUGUCCUGCGCUUGCACUCUGACAGGGGUGGUGAGUUCGCCUCCGACCUCUUGGCAGCCUACUGUGCUGAGCACGGCAUUGAGCAGUCGUACACGCUUCCGGCCUCUCCACAGCAGAAUGGGGUUGCUGAGCGCCGCAUUGGCUUAGUCAUGGAGGUCGCUCGUACCUCCCUGACCCAUGCGGCUGCUCCCCACUUUCUGUGGCCGUUUGCGGUCCGGUACGCAGCACAUCAGCUCAACCUCUGGCCCCGUGUCUCCUUGCCGGAGACUUCCCCGACUCUACGGUGGACGGGAGAGGUUGGCGAUGCGUCGCGUUUCCGGGUCUGGGGAUCUCGAGCCUUUGUCCGCGACACGUCUGCGGACAAGCUCUCACGUCGCACUGUUCCCUGUGUCUUUCUUGGCUUUGUUCCCGACGCGCCUGGAUGGCAGUUUUACCACGUCACCUCGCGCCGGGUUCUGGCCUCUCAGGACGUCACUUUUGACGAGUCCGUCCCCUUCUACCGCCUCUUCCCCUACCGCACUGCCCCACUCCCCCCCCCGCCUCUCUUCCUCGCUCCAGGUGCUGAGGUACCAGACCCCCUCCCCCCUCAGGGUGCCGCUCCCUCAGGUGUGUCCCAGGUAGACCCGGGUGAGCCUGUCGAGGUAGCUGUUGACUCGCGUCCUGCGUCUGGGGGUGCUGAGCCUGGAGGUGCGGAGCCUGGGGGUGCUGAGCCUGGAGGUGCGGAGCCUGGAGGUGCGGAGUCUGGGAAUGCUGAGUCUGGACGUGCUGAGUCUGGGGGUGCUGAGUCUGGGGGUGCUGAGUCUGGGGGUGCUGAGUCUGGGGGUACUCCACCUGGAGGAGCCCUCUCCUCCCAGCAGCUGCAGGAGAGGUACCUCGAGUACUGCCGCCUCCGGAGAGGUGCUUCUGGAGCUCGUCCCGGUACUUCCCCUCCUACCCAGGAGCUCCCCCCCAUUCAGGUGAUCCGCGAGUGGUACACGCGGCGCUGCAGUCUUCGUAGUGGUGCUCCUGGUGCUGCGGACCCGAGCGGUGGUGCUGUUGCUGGUGCUGAGGACCCGGACGCUGGAGCUGCUGCUGGUGCUGAGGACCCGGGGGCUGGAGCUGCUGCUGGUGCUGAGGACCCGGGCGUUGGAGCUGCUGCUGGUGUUGAGGACCCGACCGGUGGCGCUGCUGCUGGUGCUGAGGACCUGACCAGUGGCCCUGCUGCUGGUGCUGAGGACCCGGGCGUUGGAGCUGCUGCUGGUGCUGAGGACCCGACCGGUGGUGCUGCUGCUGGUGCUGAGGACUCGGGCGUUGGAGCUCCUGCUGGUGCUGAGGACCCGGGCGUUGGAGCUGCUGCUGGUGCUGAGGACUCGGGCGUUGGGGCUGCCACUGGUGUCCCUGCUGUUUCUGGAGACGCUGCGCGGCCGCGACCGUACUUCGUACCGCUCCUUCAGCAGGUUCUUGGAGGUCUUACAGAGCGUCGUGAGCCUGAGUCUCGUCCUGCGUCGCCUGUUCGUACUGCUCGCACUGGUCGUCGUGUCCCACGUGAGCGUCCUCCUCCUGUCCCUGGCACUCACUACAUGACUCUGCGUCCCUCCACUGCUCCGCAGCGUGUCCCGCUGCCGUCUCCUCCUGCGUCCUCUCUUCCUACUCUUCCUGACCCGGAGUCUGACUCCCGUCGUGCUGCCAGUCCCACUGUUACGCGUCUCCUCGCUACAGUUGUCACUGACCCGACCUUUGAGUCCUCUGCUGCGUCUGCUCUGGUCACUGAGUUGGUUGACUUUGCUGCUCGCUGUCGCCUAGACUACGCUGCCAGCCUUGUCGCUAGGUCUGAGUCUGCGUCUGCCUGUCCUCCGUCCGUCGGGGGUGAGUGUGCCCUCGGCACGGACGUCCUUGAGGACAGACAGGAGGAGUUCCACUGCCUUGCUGCUGCUUUGCCCCGUCUCGUGUCCUUGCUAGUUGCCCCUGAGGGAGACCCGGAUGCACCAGACAUCCCGACCCCACGCUCUUACGCUGAGGCGAUGGCGGGUCCCUACUCCUCUCAGUGGCAGACAGCCAUGGACGCAGAGAUGGCCUCCUGGAAGUCCACAGGCACCUACGUAGACGAGGUUCCCCCUCCUGGGGCGAACAUUGUCAGUGGCAUGUGGAUUUUCAGGGUGAAGCGGCCGCCGGGUUCUCCGCCUGUUUUCAAGGCGCGCUACGUGGCUCGAGGCUUCAGUCAGCGAGAGGGAGUAGACUUCUUUCAGACCUUCUCCCCCACCCCGAAGAUGACUACUCUUCGGGUGCUGCUGCACAUAGCCGCUCACCGCGACUACGAGCUUCACUCUCUUGACUUCAGCACUGCUUUCUUGCAGGGCAGCCUGCACGAGGAGAUCUGGCUGCGUCGCCCCCCUGGCUUCACUGGGUCAGUUCCUCCUGGCACCCAGUGGAGGCUUCAGCGGCCGGUCUACGGUCUCCGCCAGGCGCCACGUGAGUGGCACGACACACUGAGGACGACACUUGCGGCUCUUGGGUUCGCUCCCUCUACUGCUGACCCGUCGCUGUUUCUACGCACCGACACCUCGCUGCCGCCGUUCUACAUCCUCGUGUACGUUGACGACUUGGUCUUUGCCACUGCUGACACCGCGGCACUCGCUCACGUGAAGUCGGAGCUGCAGAGGAGACACACGUGCACAGACCUGGGUGAGCUGACGAGCUAUCUUGGCUUGCGGAUCACCCGGGACAGAGCACGGCGCACCAUCACCCUGACUCAGUCACACAUGGUGCAGCAGGUUCUCCAGCGCUUCCGCUUCACGUACUCCUCGCCUCAGUCCACUCCUCUGCCUACCGGUCACUCGCUCUCAGCUCUGCCUUCGGAUGAGUCCGUAGAGCCGAGUGGCCCGUAUCCAGAGCUUGUGGGCUGCCUCAUGUACCUGAUGACCUGCACUCGACCUGACCUUGCAUACCCUCUUAGCAUCCUAGCACGCUAUGUCGCUCCUGGCCGUCACCGGAAGGAGCACAUGGAUGCUGCUAAGAGGGUGUUGCGCUACUUGUGCAGUACGUCGGGCAUGGGGCUUGUGCUUGGAGGGCGAGACCGGGUUGUUCUCACAGGGCACUCAGACGCUUCUUGGGCAGACGACCAGGCUACUCAGCGGUCGUCCCAGGGUUACACCUUCAGCCUUGGCUCUGGCACAGUUUCUUGGCGUUCUACUCGCUCUUCUUCUGUUCUCAGCUCCAGUUGUGAGGCUGAGAUCUACGCCACAGCCAUGGCCGCUCAGGAGCUACGCUGGCUGACCUACCUGCUGACCGACCUCGGAGAGCGGCCUCGUUCUCCUCCAGUGCUGUACGUCGACAACAAGGCUGCCAUUGCCUUGUGUGAGGAGCACAGACUGGAGCACAGAACGAAGCACAUCGCUCUGCGGUUGGGGUUGCGUCUGCUUCCAGUGGCAGGCGCCGCAGCGGCAAGGGGAAGGGCGGCAAGGGUGGUGGGGGUGGUGGGGGUGGAGGCGGUGGUGGAGGCUCGGGUGGUGGCGGCGGGGGUGGUGGGAGCGGCGGGGGUGGGGGUGGGGGUGUUGGGGUCGGUGGUGGUGGCGGCAGUGGGGGUGGCAGCGGCGGAGGUGGCGGCGGUGGGAGUGGCAGCGGCGUCGGUGGCGGUGGACGCAGUGAACCUCCCCUCUGGACCGCUCCACCCCGACCGCCACCACUGCCGCCGCCACCACUCCCACUGCUGCCACCACCGCCGCCACCACUCCCACCGCUACCACCACCGCCGCCACCGACGCCUCAACUCCCACCACCACUUCCACCACCACCACCGCCACCACCACCACCACCACCACCACCGCCACCACCACCGCCUCCACUGCCGCCACCCCCACCACUCUUGCCUCCCUUGCCCUUGCCGCUGUGGCGCCUCCCACUAG